CCGUUACCCCCGGCAACAGCUGACCUUCUGGGAAAGAAUGUGUCUUUCCUUCCAUAGGCUUCAGUCAAGAACUCUGACAUCUUGAUACUACCAGAUUGGAUGCUAAAACAGCAAUAAGACAACCGGAACUUUGAGGAAAAAACUUACUGUAUCCAAUAGUUCGUACAUGGCAGAAGUAAAGUCAGUGUUCCAGGAAGUUCUUCCAAACCAAGGGCAGCUGUUUGUGGAAGGUAUAAGCACAAUGGUGCUCUGUAAACCCAAACUUUUACCCUUAAAAUCUUUGACUCUGGAAAAACUGGAGAAAAUGCAGCAAGCAGCACAGUUCACUAGCAAGAAAUGUCAGAAAAAGAACACAACAGCAAAUAACCCAUUGAUGAGACUUACCAUAGGGAACACCCUUCCUUACUUACCUACCACUUAGUAAUUAGAAAGUGUUCUGCAGCUAUAUGCUGAAAGUAGGAUUUAAUAAAACUGGUAACAGUCAUGCUCACGUAAAUGAAAAUAAAAUUCCCAAGAUUGGUAAAACUUGUGAAUUUAAACCGUGGUUUGUGUUGACCACAAGCAGUUGAAACUCUGAAUUGAAUCUCACAGAAUUUUCUUUGACUCAUGUUUUUAGAAUUUCAAAUUGUUCUUCAUUCCUACUGUUACCAGUUUUAAAUUUACAGGCACAAAUGACUAAUUGUAACUUUUAUAU